AUCUAUCACGACCAUCACCUCGUGUAAUUGUCGACAGACAGAUUGCUGUGGAAGUCUGUUCAAAGGUGCUUGCCUCCUUGCCGAAGCGAGUCUCCGCGCAUCGCCUGCUCAAGGCUACGUUGUUCUACGACCGGUGUUUCACGACCAGCUCCAAUCUACAGGCUUCUACUCGCCGUCUACGGCCGGCGAAAGACCCUGGGUGCUGGGACGUUCAGUGACACUGGAGAUCGUUAGAGCGACGUGGCUGGGCUGGGCGUGCGGGAACACGACGACACGGCCGACCUGUCUUUUGGCGACUGGAGUCAAGGCUGCUCCCAUUUUCGAACAGAAGCCUGGGAGGGUGGGAUUUGAGGACAACGUCUUGAUCGUAGACUUUCUUGUGACCUUGAUCGCUGCUGACCACUCAUAGACUCGUGUCCAUGUCUGACGCCGGUUCCCUGCCUGGAACGCCAACGCGUCCAUCGACCGGCUCAAGCACGAACCCGAAUACCCCAAGAUGUGCCACCCCCGGUGAGCCUGAGACUGUGGCUGAGCUUGCCCCUGAAGAAGCCAAGCAGUCCCCGAGCUCCUCCACGUCCUCUGGCGACCGCGGGUAUGACCUUGAACCUUCGUGGCCCAAGGCAGUUGACCAGACCAAACUCCCUGCCGUAGCAAGAUGGGAUGGUC